UGCGUCUGUUGAACAGCUGAAGAGGAGGAGGAGGAGGAGGAGGAGGGGGGUUUACAGAGACGGAGGGAGCGAUAGAGAGCGUGGAGUGUGUGUGUGCAUAGGAAAGAGAGAGAGAAGAGGGGGGAGAGCGUGUGUGAGUGUGAGAGUGUGUGUGUGGAAAAGGAAGCGGAGCCUGUAAACGGCGAACUCACUGGUUUCCUACCCCUCGAAAUAACUAUUACAGCGCUGUGUUACUUUUCAUGUGGACACUAUCAUCGACAGCAACAACAACACGGCCGGAGGGAAUAGGAGCAGUUUCGAGGGGGGUGGGGGGGUUUGCUAACGUUAUAGUGCCUUUCCUCGGUGAUUUCGGACGUGAAGAGUCUGUCAGUAAAGUGAAACCGUCUUUUGUUGAAGCAAGUGCUCGCCUGAGCCCCUCCGUGCGGGCAGCGGGGUUAAAAAAAAAAAAAAAAAAACAGGGGAUAAAAAGUGUCCGUGUUCGCCUCGCUUUGUCCCGGGUCUUGGAUUUGGCCCAGCUCGCUUGCCUUUUUUGAGUUCGGUGGGUCAUCUCGGGCAAGGCUCGCGUUUUCAACUUGUUUGCAGCAGGCUCUGGGACUCCAAGAAUCACCAGACUGGCGGCUUUUCUGAAACACUGGGGUUGUUGGUGUGGCCAAAUUUUCCCUGGAUUUGACUGGUAAAUUCAGAAGACUGAAGCCCAGGCUCACAGUCUACCUUUCACGGAGGCCCAGCCGUGAGAGGACUGAGGAAGGCACGUGGCGGAUCAUGACGGCCGACAAAGAGAAGGAGAGAGAGAAAGAGCGGGACAGAGACAGAGACAGGGACCGGGACAAGAGAGAGGCCGGUAAGUCCCGCCGGCAGGACGGGGACCGGGGCGACCGUGAGAGUGAGAGCUCCAGGCCCCGACGCAGCUGUACGCUGGAGGGUGGGGCCAAGAACUAUGCAGAGAGCGAGCACAGCGAGGACGAGGACAACGACAACGGGAGCACAGGUGGAGGCAGCGGCACGGCCGAGGAGGCCGGCAAGAAGGGCAAAAAGAAGACGCCUAAGAAGAAGUCGCGCUACGAGCGUACAGAGAAUGGAGAAAUAACAUCCUUCAUCACAGAAGACGAUGUUGUUUACAGACCUGGAGAUUGUGUGUACAUUGAGAGUCGGCGGCCCAACACUCCCUACUUCAUUUGUAGCAUUCAGGAUUUCAAGCUGAGUAAACGGGACCAUCUGUUGAUGAAUGUGAAAUGGUACUAUCGCCAGUCAGAGGUGCCCGACUCCGUCUACCAGCACCUGGUGCAGGAUCGCAACAAUGAGAACGACUCUGGCCGGGAGCUGGUUAUCACAGACCCAGUGGUCAGGAGUCGAGAACUCUUUAUCUCUGACUAUGUGGACACUUAUCAUGCUGCUGCUCUCAGGGGGAAAUGCAACAUUUCCCAUUUCUCUGACAUUUUUGCUGCCAGGGAGUUCAAGGCCCGCAUUGACUCCUUCUUCUAUAUCCUCGGAUAUAACCCAGAGACCAGGCGACUAAACAGCACACAAGGGGAAAUCCGAGUGGGACCCAGUCACCAAGCCAAGCUCCCAGAGCUGCAGCCUUUCCCUUCUCCUGGUGGCCAGGCAGUGACCGAGAAUGAGGAGCUGGUCUGGAUGCCAGGGGUCAAUGACUGUGACCUUCUCAUGUACCUCAGAGCCGCAAGGAGCAUGGCUGCCUUUGCAGGGAUGUGUGACGGAGGCUCAACAGAAGAUGGGUGUCUAGCAGCCUCUCGAGAUGACACUACAUUAAAUGCACUUAACACUCUUCAUGAGAGCAGCUAUGAUGCAGGCAAGGCUCUCCAGCGCCUGGUGAAAAAGCCAGUACCCAAACUGAUAGAGAAGUGCUGGUCUGAGGAUGAAGUGAAGCGCUUCAUUAAAGGGUUGAGACAGUUUGGCAAAAACUUCUUCAGGAUCCGGAAAGAACUGCUGCCCAACAAAGAAACGGGAGAGCUAAUUACCUUCUACUACUAUUGGAAGAAGACCCCCGAGGCAGCAAGUUGUCGAGCCCACCGCAGACACCGCCGCCAGCCCGUCUUCCGCCGCAUCAAGACACGAACCGCUUCAACUCCUGUCAACACCCCCUCACGUCCCCCCUCCAGCGAGUUUUUGGACCUCAGCUCAGCCAGUGAAGAUGACUUUGACAGUGAAGACAGCGAACAGGAGCUGAAGGGCUACGCCUGCCGCCACUGUUUCACUACCACCUCCAAGGACUGGCACCACGGGGGCCGGGAGAACAUCUUGCUGUGCACAGACUGCCGCAUUCACUUCAAGAAGUACGGUGAGCUGCCCCCCAUCGAGAAGCCUGUGGACCCGCCACCAUUUAUGUUCAAACCUGUCAAAGAGGAAGAGGAUGGACUCAGCGGGAAGCAUAGCAUGAGGACCCGACGGAACCGAGGCUCGAUGUCAACGCUACGUAGUGGUCGUAAGAAGCAGACAGCCAGUCCCGAUGGCCGAGCCUCGCCUACCAAUGAGGAUUUGCGCUCCAGCGGACGUACCUCGCCCAGCGCGGCAAGUACUGACAGUACUGACAGCAAGACAGACUCCAUGAAGAAGCCAAGCAAGAAGAUUAAAGAGGAAGCUCCUUCACCCAUGAAGAGUGCCAAACGGCAACGAGAGAAGGGAGCGUCAGACACAGAGGAGCCAGAGAGGGCCAGUGCCAAAAAGUCCAAGACACAAGAGUUGAGUCGGCCAGACUCGCCCUCAGAGUGCGAGGGGGAGGGGGAGGGAGAGGGCGAGAGCUCUGACGGGCGCAGCAUCAAUGAGGAGCUUAGUAGCGAUCCUAAGGACAUUGACCAGGACAACCGGAGUUCCUCCCCGAGCAUCCCCAGCCCCCGCGACAAUGAGAGCGACUCAGACUCCUCUGCCCAGCAGCAGCAGCUCCUGCAGAGCCAGCACCCUCCAGUCAUCCAGUGUCAGCCAGGCACCUCAGCAGCCUCCUCGGCACCUCCUCCACCUACGACCUCAGCCCCUUCACUGCCCCCACAAGUCUCCCCGACAGCGGCCUCCACCUCUCUACCUCCCCAGCCUCUGCCACAGGCUAGCCCAAUGUCUCUUAUCCCGUCAGGAGCAUCCCUCCACCCUCAAAGGCUUCCUUCUCCACAUUCACCGAUGACUCAGGCUCCGCCUCCUGGCCCCCCAGUCCCACCUCAGUCAUUACCCAGCUCGCAUCACGGCCCCAUGCCUCCCAUGCCACAUCCACUGCAGCCUGGCCCAUCACACAUGCCUCACCCUCACUCCAUGCCCCCACAGGGCUUCCCUGUUGGUCAGUCUCAGGUCCCACCCCCGCCAAUCUCUGGCCAAUCACAGCAGAGGCCGCACACGCCUCCUUCCCAGUCCCAGUCAUCUGCUCAGAGUGGAGGCCAGCCUCCCAGAGAGCAGCCCCUGCCCCCUGCCCCAUUGUCCAUGCCUCAUAUCAAGCCCCCACCAACCACACCCAUCCCUCAGAUACCCAACCCACAGUCCCACAAACACCCACCCCACGUGUCCGCACCUCCAUUUCCUCAGAUGCCUUCAAACCUGCCUCCACCUCCUGCCCUCAAGCCCCUCAGCUCUUUAUCCACCCACCAUCCUCCAUCAGCACAUCCACCUCCUCUUCAGCUUAUGCCUCAGGGGCAGCAGCUUCAGCCUCCCCCAGCCCAGCCUCCAGUUCUCACCCAGUCCCAGAGCCUCCCACCAUCAGCCAGCCACCAGCCUCCCCCAGCCCCUCCACUGCCGCCCUCUGCAGCGGCCUCGCAUCCGAACGGGCCACCGCAGCCGCCAUUUUCGUCCCAUCCCUUCAAUACAGUUCUACCUCCAACCGGCCCUCCCUCAUCGUCAUCAUCAAACUCUAUGUCUGGCUUACCGCCUCCAUCUUCCUCCGCUCCAUCCUCCUCCAUCUCCAUGCCACUCCCUGCCUCAGUCUCUUGUGCCGGACCGGGUCCAGUGCUGCCACCAGUGCACAUCAAAGAGGAGCCUUUGGAUGAGUCAGAAGAGCCAGAGAGCCCCCCACCCCCACAGAGAAGCCCCUCCCCAGAGCCUACUGUCGUCAAUACACCCAGCCAUGCCAGCCAGUCAGCACGGUUCUACAAGCACCUGGACCGGGGCUACAACUCGUGUGCUAGGACAGAUUUCUACUUCACUCCCCUGGCUUCAUCUAAGCUGGCCAAGAAACGAGAGGAAGCUCUGGAGAAAGCCAAGAGGGAAGCAGAACAGAAAGCAAGGGAGGAGAAGGAGAGAGAAAGGGAGAGGGAAAAAGAGCGAGAAAGAGAGCGGGAACGAGAAAAGGAAGCGGAGCGAGCUGCGAAAGCCUCCAGUUCCUCUCAUGAAGGCAGAAUGGGUGAACCUCAGAUGGCCGGCCCCGCCCACAUGCGCCCACCCUUCGACGGCCCCCCCACUACAAUUGCAGCUGUGCCUCCUUACAUUGGCCCCGAUACCCCUGCCCUGCGCACCCUCAGCGAGUACGCCCGACCUCACGUCAUGUCCCCCACAAAUCGAAACCACCCCUUCUUUGUGUCCCUCAACCCUGCAGACCCGCUGCUGGCCUACCACAUGCCCAGCUUGUACAACGCCGACCCGGCCAUGCGGGAGCGCGAGCUGCGAGAGCGGGAGAUGCGCGAGAGGGAGAUUCGUGAGAGGGAGCUGAGGGAGAGGAUGAAACCUGGUUUCGAGGUUAAGCCUCCAGAGAUGGACACACUCCACCCUUCUACAAACCCCAUGGAGCACUUUGCCCGGCAUGGGGCAAUCACGUUGCCCCCCAUGGCCGGCCCUCACCCUUUCGCCUCCUUCCAUCCUGGCCUAAACCCAUUAGAGCGUGAGCGGUUGGCCCUCGCUGGGCCCCAGCUGCGGCCAGAAAUGAGCUACCCAGAGAGGUUGGCUGCAGAGAGACUCCAUGCUGAGAGGAUGGCCACAGUGGCCAAUGACCCCAUUGCCCGUCUACAGAUGUUCAAUGUUACGCCACACCACCACCAGCACUCGCAUAUUCACUCCCAUCUCCACCUGCACCAGCAAGAUCCCCUUCACCAAGGUGGUGGUGAAUGUCUUGUGUGUCCGUCAGGGUCCGGGGCCCACCCGCUGGCAGUGGAUCCCCUGGCAGCUGGACCUCACCUGGCCCGCUUCCCUUACCCGCCCGGCGCCAUCCCCAACCCGCUCCUCGGCCAGCCGCCACAUGAACACGAGAUGCUGCGCCAUCCAGUCUUCGGUACUCCAUACCCACGGGAACUGCCAGGAGGUCUGCCCCCGCCCAUGUCCGCAGCCCACCAGCUGCAGGCCAUGCAUGCCCAGUCAGCUGAGCUCCAGAGGCUGGCCAUGGAGCAGCAGUGGCUCCACGGUCACCAUCACAUGCACGGAGGACCGCUGCCUGGCCAGGAGGACUACUACAGCCGACUGAAGAAGGAGAGCGACAAGCAGCUGUAACCAGCCGAGGGAGGCGGCGACUGACAGGUGCAGGACACAGGAAGUUGUUACAGAGCGGUCUUGCAGAGGCUCUCCGGGGUCGUCUGGACACAUUCAGUUUUGAAGAACGGAAAAGGCCAAGUGGAUCGUCUGAGAAUUCUUCUGAUAUUUUGGUUUUUGCUCUUGUCAAGGACUUUUUUUUAAUUAUUAUUUUUCAAGACAUUGACUUUCUUUGGUAUAUAGCCAGUAGUGACAACGUCCUCAAGACUCCUGCAUGACAAGCUUCCCUGACGUUUUUUUGUAGGUGCUAGAACAAGACACUGUGCUUAUCAACAAAAAAAAAGACAAGACCGGUCAGGCCGUUUAUUGAAAAAUAACAAGUGCUAUCUUAAAUUCAACAUUUAUUUUAAUACAUUGUUGGAGGUUUUUCAUAAUUUUAAGAAAAGCUACAGCAUGGCGUUUUUGAGUCUGUAAAUAGUAUAUAUAAACAUAUAAUUAUUAUUAUAAUUAUUAUUAUUACUAGGUGUGGACUCCAAACCAAGUCGUUUCAACCUCCAAUAUAAUUGUUUUGAAGCAUUAUCCCUUGUUUCAGAGGGGAGCACCAUGGCAUUAUAUGAGCAGUUUCUGAGAGAGUUGCGGUUCAGUUGUGACGUUCCUCUGACAUCACUGUGUUAGAUUUAGUCCCGCACACACUAUGUAAACCAUAAACCUGUCACACCCACCACGUCCAUUCACCACACACCUUUGACACGCAGCAGGUUGUCAGAAUGUGUAAACUCAACGCGUUGAGUUCAUGAUUUGAUACACUUGAAGAGGUGACACAGUCGUCACUGAGGCUUCUGUAGAGUGCACACUGACGCCAUCGUUUCAAAAGAAAAACAAAGUUUGCACUGAAAAAGGAUCCUUGAGAUCCACUCAAUUGGUUUUAGCAUUUAGUUUAAAGUCAGUAUUUAAGUCAACAACAUGGAGUAACACUUCAUUACUUUUUGUUGUUUUUGCAGAAAAUGAUUUUAAUUAUGAAUUUAAAAAUGUGGACACCAGAAACAUAUUUGGCAGAACUGAAGAAAUUAAAAAUUACUUCAAGUUCUUUUAAAUUAUUGGGACUUGAAUUUUAACAUUGUUCACUAUAACAGGAGCCUGACAGGACUUCAGGAUUGUUUUAAAUGUGUGAAUGGUUGUGAGUCGGUGCUAGUUUGUGUUGUGGUGUCCCCUUUCUUCACCUGGUCCAGUCAUCCAUGUUUGUUGCAGGUCUCAUGUCUGACUGAGUUGUGCUCCAGCUAGGCUGUAAUAAUGUUCACUGUGACACUAGAGGGGGCCUGCCGACACGCGACCACCUGUAGGUAGAGGGUUGAUGAGUGAGUGAGUGAGUGAGUGAGUGAGUGAGUGAGUGAGUGUGUGUGUGUGUGUGUGCGUGUGUGUGUGCGUGUGUGUGUGCGUGUGUGUGCGUGUGUGUGUGUGUGUAUGUAUGUUAUCCUCACAAUGUUUCCAUAUGCCUUGGUUCCUUAGGGAUACACACGGCCUCCUGGGCCACAGGAGGGGUGUGUUUGUGUGCCACUGACUGUUACAAGUACUGUUGACCUGUCAUACCAGUGCACAUGAGCCCAAGUUUUUUUGUUUUUAUUUUUUGUUUUUAAAUCCAUGACAUAAGUUGUGCAUUUGUUCCAUGCACUAAGACUGUUUAACUGUCAUGAAAUUUAGAAAACUGUGGCUUUUUUUAACCAAAUGAAGAAACUGUACUUGCAUUUAAAAGUGAUCAUAUCUUCUCUUAGAGCACUAUAAUUUACAUUUAAAUGGUUGCAAACAUUAAACUCUUGGCCCGUUUUUAAAACUCCAAAAAAGUCUUUUAAGCCCUGACCACUCCCUGUCACUCUGUCUUGCCAUCUCCCACUGAUUCCUGUCCCUCUUCUGACGAUGUACUCCUCAUCAUCAUUAUCAUCAUCAUCCUUUGCCUCGUUUCCUGAUGAUUCCCUUGCCUUUUACUCCCUCUUUUUGUGUCUCCAAAACCUUUGAUGUUAAGUGUUGUCAAUGGUUUAGCUUCUUGUUUCAAAGCGGCAAUAGCAGAAUGUAAAUUCUGACUGCUAAGAUUUAUAUAUAUACUGGUAUCUUGAAGCUUAUUGUAUAUAUGAGUAGUCGCCAUGGGAUGACACAAUGUAAACAAAAAGUAGAAAUAAUAAGAAAAAUUGUGAGUCCUGUGUUCUCUCCAUUUGAGUAUUUUGUAAUUUUUUUGAAAAAUUUGUGGAAUUAAAAUAAACGACUAAGUUACACCACAA